GUCAAAUACUUCAGCAAGUCUGAGAACUGGUUCCUUCGGCGCAGACAACCCUCUACCCCAGUGGACUUUCUACCUUUCCAAGUGGCGUUCUCGACCAAGUAGGUUUGAAGUAGAAAUUCGGGAACUGGUUUAUUUGUACGAUGAUCAGACAACGGUGGUUUGGUUGGCUCUUCGGAGAACCAUUUCGACCCGUCUAACCUGGACCGAUUCGAGGAAGAUUGAACACGUCGCGGAGAAGAACACAUCCGGCAUCUCAGUCUUGAUUCAACGUUUCAGCCAACUGAAGGACUCCUUUUUUAGUAUGUGGACCAUGAGGAAGGGCCUAUCUUGGGCAAUUUUGCUCGUCCUGUUGGACAUGAGCUUGGCUCGGGACGCAAAAUUUUUUAGUCUCUUCAACGUUAUCAAGUUCAAGAAUGAGGGUUGUGUUGGAACAGGUGGGGACCACGGUACUUGCACCACCGAGGAUAAGUGCACAGCAUCCGGAGGAAACGCCAUUGGCAAUUGCGCUGCCGGUUUUGGCAUCUGUUGUCGAUCGACGAUUUCAAAUUGUGGAAGCACAGUCGAAAAUAAUUGCACCUAUAUUCAAAAUCCUGGUUAUCCUAGUUUCCAAUCAAGCAUACAAACUUGUACCUACAAUUUUGGUCGUAUAUCCGAUGAUCUGUGUCAGAUCCGACUGGAUUUUAUUUCCACUCAAAUGGGCGUCGAUGAUACUGGUAAGACUCAACUCAAAUCCUUUCCAACGAGAUUUUUGUUCAUUACGAUAAACUUGCUUUGGGUUCCAGGUCUCUGCACGGACUCAAUCACUGUGACGAGCCCAACCGGUGUUAAUCCUCCUGUUGUUUGCGGUGACUUGAGCGGUCAACACAUGUACUUGGAAACUGGUAACGCUGGUAAUGCGGGAAGUAUUGCCUUUGCUUAUGCUGCCGCUGGAACUCAAAGACACAGAAUCAAGGUCACCUAUUUGGAGUGCGACAAUCUAGCCAAGGCUCCCGAAUUUUGCACGCAAUAUUUUACGGGCAUCAGUGGCAGUUUCCAAUCUUACGCUUAUGCCAGUGAAGUGCUUUUGCACGAUCAACGUUACCGAACUUGCUUCCGAAGAGAGCAAGGCUAUUGUAACACGGAUUUCUCAACCACUACCAUGGACUCCUUUAAAUUGUUGAACGGAGGUAUCGCCGACCAAGCCAAAACGAGUGAAUGCACCGUCGCGUUCGUUUCGUUAGGACUGACGGCUCCUCCAAGUGCGAUGAUCUGUGGAGAACGUUUUGACACCGAGGAUGGCAGCAUCCUGAACGGAUUGGUCAGAGCUCGUGUGGAACCUUUCUUUUUGGACACGUUUUCGGCCGAGGCCACCGCAGAUGAGAUGGGAUAUGACCUGACCUUCCGUCAAUCACCUUGCUCAUAAUCAUCAUGUUUCUCGAAACUAGUAUCUAGUUGCAUUGUAUUUCAAAGUGUUGUCAAUAGAUUUUUUUCAUUCCGAUUUCAUUGCCUUGUUUCUUUC